AUGGGUGAAAACGAAAUUGAAUUGAAGAAACAGAGUUCCUGCGUGGUUCGUCUCGCCAACAAGGCUUCUCACCAUGUUGCCUACAAGGUCAAAACGACGUCGCCCAAGAAAUACUGCGUAAGGCCAACCGUCGGCAUCGUCGAACCGCACGGAACAUGUGAUUUCACCGUUACUAUGCAGGCUCAGCGCUCAGCCCCACCAGAUUUGAACUGCAAAGACAAGUUCCUCGUUCAAAGCGCGGUUGUCCCCUUCGGAACAACCGAGGAUGACAUCUCCUCUGACCUCUUUGCGAAGGACAGUGGAAGGCUUGUCGAGGAGAAGAAACUAAGGGUGGUCCUCAUUACCCCAUCUUCUUCCCCCGAAAAUGGAGAUUUGAACCAAGAUCCACCAAUCCAAAUGCCUUCCCCUCUUACAGUUGAAAAAAGUUUGGAAGUGGCUCAGAGUACUGAGGAGGAUGGAACGGAUAAGGAUACUGUUCCAAGACUAGUUGAGAAGGUGGGGGACAUGAAGCAAGUAAAUGAUGUUGAGAAAUUGAGUUUUCCUAAGGAUUCCAAGGAAUUGAAGUCAAGGUUGAGUAUAAUGGAUGCAAAGCUAAGAGAGGCCGAAGGAACGAUCGUGAAGUUGAAUGAAGAGAGGCGAAUGAACAUCCGAGAAAAGAAUUUGCUCAAACAAGAGUUGGAGAUGUUGAAGAAGAAGAUCAAAAUUAAAAGAGCUCAGGAGGGUUUCCCGUUUUUGUUUGUGUGCGUGGUUUCGCUUGUCAGUUUGGCAGUGGGAUAUUGUAUUCAUCCAUAA